GAGCAGGCGUUCGAGGUGCUGGUCUUCUUUCUGGGGGCCCCGUGGACACUGUGGACGGUAUGGAGAGAGCUGCUCCGCCACGUUCCCUACGGGACGGUUGGCAAUGCAGUACAAACUUACUUCUACGGCGAGUAUCUGUGGCUGGGGCGUGAUGGCUCACGGACACUACAAAAAGUCGAAGGAGGGCACGUGCGUUCAGGCCGCUCAGGUGUCAUAAUGGUUCGCCUAUCACAUGCACUGACGGAUCCUGUAUUAUUCCCUCUUUUUCUUACGAAGCUGUACUUCCCUGAGCUCGUUAGACAGCUAAACAUGCAAAGAGGACGGCACACUUUGGCAUAUAUGGAUUUAUGGCGGCCAUCGCAUCGACACCCGCGCGUUACUUAUGGGCCUUUUCCGGAAGGAGCGUCAGGAAUCUACUUUGUACAUGCAAAUACGGCCACGGCUUUUACCGAGGGUCGGUAUGCCGGGCCGUAUUUUCUCGUAUAUAUCGGUCGCAGUGGGAAUAUGGACGCUCGACUUGGAGCUCACAAUAAGGUUACAUCGUUCCUCAGCGACCAUGGAGAUCUGGUGCCUCUCUUCUCGGUGGUGAUUCACUCUUCCUUCAUUACCAAGGCCGAGAGCGACAUGCACUUCGUUAUGACGCGACUUGGCUUUCACUAUACUACAAUUAAGGAGAACCACGGGAGGUCGUUCUCCUUGUAUAAGUUCAACAAAAAGUCUAUUGAUCUACUUCAUGAUAUUAUAGGAAGACUUGGAGAAACGUUUCCUGCGACGGCUCCACCACCGAGGAGGACCCUGGCGCCGAUCGACCUUUUCGCCACAAGGAGCCCAGAUGACUUUGAGAUGGAUGUGGACAGUGCUUUCGGUGUGGACGACCCUUAUCCGGCUCCUGAUGACUCGGAAGUAGAGGACACUUUGCCUGAUGUUUCGCCAACUCGGCGCCUGACUAUGAGGGAUCUCCUCAACUAGUUUACUGACCAUGAGGGCUUGUGAAGCAUCUCCAGACUUCCGUCGACAAAGCUAUCAAAUUGCUUUACCAACCAGUCUCACUAACAGCACUUAACGGGCAGAUGGGU